CCGCUAUCCAAAGCACUUUUGGAGGGAAAUACGGCGGUGUGACCUCUACCCAAACGCAAACACCUUGAAGAGACAUGCACUCAAUUAUGUGGAUACCAUCCGCGUUAAGAUAUCUGAGCUGGAGAGAUUCAUUUCGCAAAGAUUAACAGCUGUGUUAUGCCUGCCUGAAGAUUUGAGACAGCCUUUUGAGGAUUAUGUAGAACUGGUUAAACAGCAAAUGGGAGUAAGGAAACAAAAGAAUCGACUUAUACUUUUCACAAGCUUGCGGUUCGCCUAUUUAUUCAAUGCCUCUACUCUGAGGAUGUUAUUCGCCCAAUGUGCUGUGUGUCAUGAACUGUUUUCUGGCAGCGUUGGCUGCGUGAUGUCGGCGCUGCCAUGUGGUCAUGUGUUUCACAAAGUUUGUGUAGACACAUGGUUCCGGUCAUCAUCCACUUGCCCACAAUGCAGAAUACAAGUGAAGUCCACCAAAGGCAUUACUCGUCUUUUCUUCGAUAUUCUUCCCUCGGCUUCUAAAUCGUCACAUUCCGAAGCUAAUGUCCCUGUGGAAAGUUUCAUUCCUAUCAAAGACGAUCAUUCUAAUCAACAACUCCGCCUAGAAUUGCACCGUUUACAAUCGGAGAUCACCAGGUUAGAGGAAUUGCUGAAACAAGCGGAACGAAAAACUGAAGAAAACUCGAAGAUUCUCUUGGACCGCGAGAGAGAAGUUUUGAGUAUCACUACAUUAUACACUGAAUCUGAAAAGCUAUAUGAGAAAGAGCGUCAGCGUUGCCGAGAACUGAGGAUGGAAUUGGCAAGUUUAAAACAGUUCUUGCGAGAAGCAGAAGCUAUGAAGGCCACUGCGACUCAACUGCGAGCGGAGAUGGAAGACAUGGAAAACGUUAAAAAGUUAAUUGCUUCUUCCGAGGAACCUGCCCGCGAGCUGCUUUCACGGUACACCACUACGAAAGAGUCAACCUCACACGAUCUCACUUGUGAUUUGACCUCCGUGUGCCGUUGGGCGGCUGUUUUGCGCACCGAACUCACAUCUGCUAGAGAGAAGGUGCGGAAUUAUCGCAUUGAACUCUCUCGCGUCAGGAAACUACAUCAGACUGCUUCCCAGAGAGCUGCCCGUGCGGAAAAGCGCGCUGCUCAAAAAGAAGCAGAUGUGCACCAACUAGAAAAUCUACUCUCUACUUUGACGAAACCUUCGAAUGCCCUUACCGAUCCUCGCGCGGAUCUCUCUGAGGCCGACGAGGUGGCCACGCAAGUUUCAACCCUAUUGUCUCCAUCUUGCGAAGAGUCUUCAACACGCCACUCACCAUCCACCCCAGACUUAUUGGCUUCUACCUCAACUAACCCCUCUACGGUUGAGCUUCAGAAACGCCUCCGCACUCCCCUCGACAACCCUUUCCGAGCGAUUACUGAUAACGAGAAGUCUCUCCAUCUCCGUGUAUCCAAGGUGCAAUCGUUCGAAUGUCCCUUAUUCUCUACUCCACUUUCCAAGUCUGCAAAGAAUUCCGGAAUCGAGCCACCUAGUGUCCAACGUCGUCCCUCUGUUUUAUACGAGAUGGCCAUCAUGCGCCGUCACGUCCUGUCCUCGACCGCUCCCGGUUUCCCAAGGGGCUAUCCAGCCCCCACCUCCACUCACGCAUCCUCUAUAGCGCGUGGCGAAACCGACUGCUCUCGCAAACCUUUGUCAAAGCGACCCAUAGCUAACCCAAAGCGACACAAACUCCAUAUGAACAAGUUGUUACGAUUAGAUUCCUUUUUAUCUAAAUUUUAAACAUCUUCCUUGUGCUCUUUAUUUUCACCUUCGAAUACAUCGUUCGAGUCUUGUACUUAUUUCACCAUUGUCCGGCAGCCGUAUAGCCCUUUACUCAUAACGCGUGGCGAAACCGACUCCUCUCGCAAGCCUUCGUCAAAACGACACAAACUCCAUAUGAACAAGUUGUUGCAAUUCGAUCUUUUUAUCUAAGUUUUAAACAUCUUCCCUGUGCCCUUUGUUUUCACUUUUGAAUACAUUGUUCGAAACUUGUACUUAUUCCAUUGUUGUCCGGCAAUGUGUAGCCCUUCACUCAUACACAUAUCCUGUUGUUCCCUGAGGACGGUUGCUCUAUGAGUUGUACACUAAUAAAGCGUAUGAGUGCUUUCCAAUUAA